CAAUUGACACUUUCCUAACACAGAUUUGUAAGAUGGCGACUGCCGAACCGGAAACCAACACAAGUCCAUCCUUGGCAGAUGAGGAUGGCGCUGAAGAGGCAAAGGAGGCUGGCCAGGAAGUUGUGAACCCAGAAUCCUACAUCAAACUCCCUCUGCAAAACAGAUGGUCUCUGUGGUUCUUCAAGAAUGACAAGAGCAAAACAUGGCAAGCCAACCUGCGACUCAUUUCAAAAUUUGACACAGUUGAAGAUUUCUGGGCUCUUUAUAACCAUAUCCAGUUGUCAAGCAAUCUCAUGUCAGGCUGUGAUUACUCCCUUUUUAAGGAUGGCAUUGAGCCCAUGUGGGAGGAUGAGAGGAACAAGCGUGGAGGACGCUGGCUGAUCACACUCAACAAGCAGCAGAGGAGAUUAGACCUGGAUCGCUUCUGGUUGGAAACUCUCCUGUGCUUAGUCGGAGAGGCCUUUGACGACUACAGUGACGACGUUUGCGGAGCUGUGGUCAACAUCCGCGCAAAAGGAGAUAAAAUCGCUGUGUGGACAUCCGACUAUGACAACCGUGACGCUGUAACACACAUAGGGAGAGUUUACAAGGAGCGCUUGGGGCUCCCCAUGAAGAUGACAAUUGGCUACCAAUCUCACGCUGACACAGCAACCAAAAGUGGCUCAACCACCAAGAACAAAUUUGUUGUUUGAGAAGUAUCUGGUGUGCCCCUUUUUCAGCUUCUUGUCUUAUUUGUUGUUGGUGACUGUGUUUACUUUGCUGCAAAGACUGCGGAAUGCAAUCCAAGACUACAUGCCAAAUAACCUGCCCAAGACUUGGACCACAAAAUAACACUUUAACACUGUGUGUACAUGGAUAGCAAUAUUCUGGUAUUAACCGCGUUCAUCCACACGUCUCUGGAGGAGAAACGCUUCCUCUGAAGUGACGUGAAGUUUUGAAGUCGAUUAUGACAUUGCUGGACGUCGCUCCGUCUGUAAACAUGUAAACAGGAUUAUGAAUGGAAUAUUUAUAACCAACUCAUAUAUGCUCUGUAAUCAAAAUAUGUAUUAGGUCAGUCGCCGGCAACCCGCGGCUCUUCAGCUUCCUUGUUGCGGCUCCCACGGCGAGCUCUGUGAUUUUUUUUUAACACCGAAGAGGAGGAAAUGUGCAUUUUCGAAAAGACUUUGAAAUAUCCGACUCACCGCUAGUCCAUGAAUGCAUCUACACUGCGUUCUGACUGCUGAUUGGAUGAGCAAGUGGUGUGAAAAAGUCACACUUAAAUAUUGUAGGUUUGGAUUAUUUCUCCCUUUAAUAAUGAAAAGUUUCAUUUAAAAACUGCAUUUUCUGUUGAGUUGUGUUCUCAUUGACUGAUAUUUCAAUUUGAUUGAUGAUCUGAAGCAUUUAAGUUUGACAAACAUGCAAAAAAAUCAGGAAGGGGGAAAACACUUUCUCACACCACUGUAUUCCUUUGCCUUGACUGCCGAUGACGCCGGCCUCCCCAGCCGUGUGCUUAAUAUGUGGCCAGAAAAUUAGCAAACAGAAAAUGUAACGUGGAAAAACAUUUUCAAAACAAGCACUCAGCUUUUUCUGAAAAGUACCCCACUGCAGAUGGGCAUGCAUGAGCAAUUUCGGAACUACUACGGAAGAUUGUUAAGUGGAUGAAGGCUCCAAACUGAACUACAAAUGCUAGCGUACUGUAGCGACUGCACUGGAGAUCGUAAGGCGGAGGAAGCCAUUCACAGAUGGAGACUAAAUGAAAGAAUCGUUCAUAAAAAUAUCACACCAUCUAUUCUCAGAAUUAAAAAAAUAAAUUAUUAACUAUUCAGAAAAUGAAAGAGACUCCUCCCUGCAAAGGAAGAUCAGGACCAAUGGAAUGGCAACAAACAUCACUAGUAGGCAAAUUGAUGAUUCAUUCAGUGCAAGCAUACUGAAUUGCCUGUGAUGAGUCAACUAACUUAAACCACAUGUGUCGAACUCAGGCCCGGGUGCCAAAUCCGGCCAUCCGGUCAUCCAGCCCGCAGAACUGUUAGGAAAUUAGCAUUGAGUUGACCCGCCUUGCAGACUUUACGAAACAAAGUGCUGACAGCAAUCUGCUUAAUUAAGCGAUUCCUCCGGAGUAAACUACUACUCGGGGAAUUUUAUAUAUUUUUUAAUGGAAACAAUAUUGUAUAUAUUGUAUAGUCCACACCUGCAAACUCUCCCGGGUUACACAUCUCACGGAUUGUGAUGUGUUUGUGUUAUGUGGGUUUCCUUAGCAGCUCCUUCAGCAGCAGACUGUUACACCCACGGUGUAAGAAGGAGAGGUUCCGCAGGUCCUUCAUACCGACCGCUGUCAGGCUCCACAACACCUGCACCACCUGAACCAUGUUGUAUGCACUAUGUCACUAUGCAUUCUUUACUUGUGUAUCUUGCUUGCUGCUGUAACAAGUGAAUUUCCCUGCUGUGGGAUAAAUAAAGUACUACUACUACUACUACUAUAAAAUACUGUAGCUUUUCCCAGGACAUUGAGAGAAUGACGGAAGAGUUGGUCGAUCAACAAUCACUUUAUUGAAACGAACAACCAUCUUUGCAUAUCCGCAUUGCAAAGUACACAUUUUAAACAGGAAUGAAUGGACUCAAAAAAAUGCACAUUUCCCCCAGUACGAUGUAAAAAAAAAUACAAAUAAAUGUCCGUGUGGGUGGGGGGGGGGUUAUGUCGAGUUAGGCCCACAACCUAAAGUAGGCUUUUGAGUUUUGGCCCCCUGUGUGAGUUCAGUUUGACACGAUAUUGAGCAGACACACUGAUAUGCAGAUACCAGAACUCUGAUGGGCUUUUUUAAUGUUUUAUUUUAAUUUUUCACAAGCGGGAACGACUCAAAAAAGCCUACAUAGUUCAGUGUUUAAAUGUUUUCAAAGUAGUCCUACACAUGCACUCUGCACUUCUGGUAGUUGAAUUCUGUUGUUGUAACAGGUAAAAUUUGAAAAAAGAUUAAAACUUUUAAAAGUUUAUAAGCUGUGUCAUGUUUUUGUGACUGCAGACCAUUUUUCUUUAUUGGAAGAGGAGGCAAAAUGGCUUUUUUGAUGAUAAAGGUUGCCGACGCCUGGCCGAGGUUAUUGCUGUCCAUGUAAACGUAGACAAUGGCGUAUAUUACGAGAGUGCAUCAAACUUUUUUUUUUUCUUUUUUUUUUUUCAAUCCCCCCAAAAAAAUUUUGGGACAUUUUCAACAGCAUGAGUGGUUUGCUUUAAGUGUGUAUGACAUUAAACCCUUUUAAUUUAUUCUAUUGAUUUGCCUGAAAAUUAUUCAAUUGUUAAGACAGGGUUUUAUGCUUUUUUGCCCUGACUGUUGCAUGUAAUCAAUCUUUGUAGUAUAUAUAUAUACAUAUAUAAAAUGACUGAUAUUUUUUUGAAAUAUAAUUAAAACAUAGGAAUUUUGCAAUUAUGUAAUUGAAUUGUGCUUUUUUUUUUGGACAUUUUAUACAGUCGAUCACCUGCUAGUUGCGGCGGUUACCUUCAGAUAGCAAUAAAUCCCUGAAUAAUAGAUGCACCCAUAAAAAUGCCUAUUUUGCUCUGUAAUGCCCAAAAAUAUGCCUUAAACCAGGGGGUGUCAAGUGCGUCCCGGGUACAAUUGUGGCCAAAAAUGUCAGGAAUAAUUUUACAAGCAUGAAGUCAAAUUAUUAAGAGAAAAAAAUUGUAAUCUAAAAAAGUAAUACAUUUAAGAGAAUAACUAAUAUGAGGAAAAAUGUCAUUUUAUGAGCAUGAAGUUGAAAUAUUAAGUUAUUUAAAGUAAUAUGAGAAAACAAAGUUAUAAUUUUUGGAAAAUUAUGUAGCCGAAAAGUUCAUGCUAAUAAUGCACUUUUUCACCUAUACCACAAAGCUCAGAUGUAGACUAUUUUUUCUUUUUUUUUAUAUAAAUAUCCUCGAAGCAUAUCUACGUAGGUUGGUCUACAAAAUAAUCAAAGUAGCCCUUGCAUCCUUUCGUUUUUCAGCAUAUGGCCCUCUGUGGACACUCCUGCCUUAAACACUAAACGUAUUUGAAAUUGUAAAAUGUAUGAGCACUCACCACUAAUGCUUGAUAAUGAAAGAUGAUCGAUAGGACAGCUAUUAGCCUGGUCGUCAGGCUACCGUGACAACCACUCCGCCAUCAUAAUCUAUACUACUUGCCAGUGAAUUCCUGGAAUUCCAGUAACUAUUUACAAUCACAUUAAUUUAUGUUCACCUCGCUGCAAGUUUUGAGGCCAGAUUGUAACAAAGCUAGAGCUAGCGCUGCUUUAGCCACAACCACAUAGGGCCACUUCAUCUGACACUUGCACCACUUUACACUUCGUAUGUUUGCUGUAAAAGAAUAAUGGUAUGUUAAUGACUGCAGUGGUUGGGUGUAUCAGAGAUGGACAGGAGGUGGAGUACAGGACAGGGAUCGUUGACUUUGUAGAGUGGUCCCAGGCAGACCACUUGCUCUUGAAUGUGGACAAGGCCAAAGAGUUGGUGAUCAACUUCAGGAGGAAGGUGACUCAAGUGGAGCUCGUCACCAUUCACGGCCGGGAGGUGGCAGUAGUGGACCACUACAAGUACUUUGGAGUCCACAUGAAUAGCAGACUGGACUGGAAGGACAACAGCAAUGCUGUCUACAAGAAGGGCAUGAGCAGACUCUUGCUUCCUGAGGAAGGUUAGGUCCUUCAAUGUGUCCAGCAAGCUACUGGAGAUCUUCCACCAGUCUGGUAACCGGUGCCCUCAACUUUGCUGUGGUUUGUUGGGGAGCACCACCAACAAAAAUGACAUAAGCUGGAUGGACAAGCUGAUCAGGAAAGCUGAACAGGUCGUCAGCACUCAGUUGGAGGCGUUUGUAACCGAGAUAGGAAGACAUUGAACAAACAGCUCUCCAUCAUGGACAACCCCACUCACCUACUCCAUUGGACCAUAGAAGGGCAGCAGAGCUCAUUCUCCAACAGACUCCUCCAGUUCCGUUCCCACAGUGAACACUACAGAACUUCAACACCUCACCUGCGUGUAAAAGAUAAUUCACAACCUUAUUACGCUGUACUGUCUCUGCACUCCCUUGUAUAAAGUGUACAUUUACUUGUAUUUACUUGUAUUUUUACACACUAUUUGUAAAUAUGCAAACCUUGUUGGUCUUAUUCUUUUUAUUUUAUUAUGUUUUAUUCAUAUUGCAUUGCAUUUUAUUGAAGAGUGUCUUUUUCUUCUGCAAUUGAGCAACUGUGACCAAGUAAUUUCUCCUGUGGAUCAAUAAAGUCCAAGUCUAAUAUACGGAGUCGUCAGCCCCUUUUCAAUUCUGUAUUAUAGUGUUAGAAUUUAAGACAUUGAUUCUCAUCUGUCAUUUGUCAUCUGACAGGCAGUGAAAUACAUUGCCAUCAUGAAAAAAAAGA